AUGUCCUCCCUCAUAAAAAGAUUCCUCCCCCUAAUAUCUUUUGCAAAUAGAUUUUCGAGCCUACACAAUACAAAAGUAAAAAUAAAGAAUCCUUAUUAUCGUAAAAAAGGUUUAUGGGAAUGGAGGCGACGGUUGAUAUAUUUGAGUAAUAAAAGACGUUAUUAUAAAAAAUUUCUAGUACCUAAGGUUAUCAAUCCUGCUGAAAAUUCUAUCAAAGGGCGCGAAGGUCAUUCGUGGACUUUCACAGUAGAAAAUAUACCGAUUAGAUCUAAGAGCCUAAAGAACUAUUGCAAAUUGUUUUCCAAUCUCCACGUUCAGGAUGCAUUGGAUUGGCUUGCUGCUUUGCCAAAAAUCAAUACUAAUAUAAUUUUGAACUCCAUAAGUAAAGCUAGACGUAAAAUUGUGGAAGAAUUCAAUGGGGAUUCCAGUAGACUUUACAUUAGUAAUUUUGUCUUAAAUAAUAAGUCUCCAAUGAGAAGAAUUAAAAUGGGAUGGGGGGGAUGUUUUAGAUUAACUAAAACUCCAAGAACUAAUAUAGUGUAUAGUAUUCGUGAAAUGCCAAUGGAAGAAUUUUACCAGAAGACAUUUAUAUUAGGAGAUAUACCUAGAAGUUUGGGAGCAGAAUUAAGAUCGCAUAUUGCUCAAAGACGAGCCCCUUUGAGAAAUAUUGCUGAUUGGUAUCCAUACCUUACAUCUCAUACUCGUUAUCAAUUUAGAAAGCAUUUGAAAAUUUUAAAUGACACUCGCCAAUUCGACUACUACAACCACAGAAGGGAAUGGAUAUCGAAAUAUAAAGAGAAUUUGGAAAGGCGGAGGAAUCAAUUGAGAGAACAAUACAAUUUACUGCAUGUAUAA